AACAACCUAGAUCAUUUUCUAACAGGCUGAACAAUAACAAGUAAAUCUGCAGUUUUCUCUGGUUGCAAAGUCCAAGUUUACUUUUAUUUUUCUUAGUGUCAGUGUCACAGUUUUAUCUUAAUGAGGGUCAGAGGUCAAAAGGUGAAACAUAAACCAGCCAUCUUAGAUAAAGGCACAAGAUGUCGGCCCACCUGUCAGCUGGCAGCUUCUGUGGCUGUUGUUAUGGCAACAACAAUCCUGGUCACUGGACUUAUUUUGUGUUUGGCAUUAUGUACUGCACCACAAGUGGAUCAGGCCUCUAAAACGGUGACGGAGCUGAUGGAGCGACUGCAGCAGUGCCAGAAAGAGCGUCGUGAUGUGAACCUGAUGCUCCACAAUGUCACUCAAGACUCCAGGUGCAGUCUGUGUCCAGACCACUGGCUGUGGUGGAGGGGUCGCUGCUACUUCUUUUCAGUGGAACUGCAGGAAAACCGUCAGUGGAAUGAGAGCGCUGAGUUCUGCCAGCAACACAACAGCAGCCUGGUUGUAAUCAAAGACUCUGCAGAGAUGGAAUUUAUCCAAAGUGUGAUGGAGAAGCUGCCUCAGUUUCCCUUCCUGUGGGUGGGACUGACGGACGCUGAGAAGGAGGGUCAGUGGCUGUGGUUGGAUGGGCUGGACAUCCAGCACUACAUGCCGGCAAUGGUGGAGUGGGAUGCUGAUCACAGGGACUGUGCAGAUCUGAGGGGAGGUGGGAGGCUCUUCGCAGCCAGCUGCGAGGAUUAUGGACCCUGGGCUUGUGAGAAAGACUCCUGACAGGCAGCACACAUACGUACACACAUUAUUUUAUAUUUCUUUAUGUACAAUGUUCUAGUAAAUUAAUUGUAAUUUGGAUAUUGUUACAGAAUUUUGACACUUUUACACCAGCAAUGCAAAGUCUUGAAGGGUAAAGUCAGCUUUGCAAAAGGACAAAGUUCCCAAAGACUUUUUAUUGAAAAGCUUUACAUGAGUAGAGAUACAUGCAGUUGACAUUUGCACGGAAUAAGUUCCUCUCAGUGAAAUAUGUGUGUGAAGUGUGAUGUGAUGGCAGAAAAAAACAACAUGAAAUGUAUAUGAAGUAUUUAUGAUAAGUCUGAAAGUGCAUAAUAAAGUGCAUGUAUAUAGA